CCGACGCGGUGAGCGAUUGUGCCACCUAAAACAUAGUGACCAACCGACUUCCAUGUAUACCUACCACGGAUAAAUAAUCAUACAAAUGUGGUGAUAGCAUUUCUCCGUUAAACAAUGGUCCGCCAACGGCGCCCAUGACUACCACCACACCAACGCUAUUCGAGUGGGAAAAAUGCUUGCGUUACUGACUGCGCAUCACGAGUUGCAGGCAUAGGUACCUAUUUAAUUUGCCGUGAACCACACUAUUCAUUAUUGUUGCAGGUACAUUUCACUGCUACCGUGUUUUCUUCGCUUCAACACCGUAAACCAAAUUAUUAACUCAAAUCAGAAAUGGCUGAAAACAAAGCAGAUGGUCCUCAACGCGCAAUUAUGCUUCAUGUUAAAGAUCUAGAUGGUUUUAAUCAUAUCCGCUUCAAUAUCAAGAAAAAUGCUCCUUUAGAAAAGCUCAAGAUAAGUUACUGUGAAAGAACUGGUUCAGAUAUGGAAAAAAUAUGUUUCCUGUUUGAAGGUAAAAAAAUUCGGGAUGUAGAUACUGCAACCUCAAUGGGGAUGGUAAAUAAUGAUACCAUUGAUGUCAUCAAUUUAUUAAGUGGUUGAAAACUGUAACUAAAAUUAUUAUUAAUAAAUA